AUGCUUCUCGGGAGACGGGUCAUGGGCUGCCUGCUCAAAUCGCCGCUGAUCGGCCCUGGGACGUCGGGUUCACAACCUCUAUGCGGAGCCAUGCCACCGAACAAAACUGCUGAUGCUCCCUCAGGGGCGCAUCGUGGCAGGGCCAUCUUCAUGCGCCGUGGACCGCGCCAGUCAGCCCUGGGAAAGAAUUGCCUGCCUGGCUAUUCCAAGUUAAAUUGCCCUCAUGCUGAGCGCGAGCAACACGCGUCGAUAAACUCCGCUACAACAUCCCGGCGAAUAACCGCUUAG